GUCAGCCAUAAGGAAAGGAAGGAAGGACACAUGAAUACGUCACACAACACUGUCAGAGUUUGUCAGGUACAAGUGGCGUGAUACUCUGGAAUUCGGAUCGAUCGAACUUUGAACGAGUAGUCAUAGUGAACGCGCGAGACACGCCGGAUAUCUGAUAAGGUAAAUAGAUGUGUCGUCUGUUUCUCUUGAUAUUUCUGUGGAUCGGCACAUUGAUAUAUCUACCAGUUCGCGAGAGACUUUGAUUAAUAUCGUAACGUAACGUCUCUUUUGUUUUCUCUUCACUUCUCUCAUUCAGUUUAGCUCUCUCGUGAAGCGUGAAGGAGAAAAUCAACGCGAAGAGUGAGUUGCACUUUUUUAUUUUCUUUAUAAAAGGACGCAUCGGGAGGAGAUACAAUUUCGAGGAAUGCGGCUGCAAUGGAUAUACGUAAUUUUUGGUGUGGUCGUCUGUGCAUCGGUCUUCUGCGAAAUUCAAGUGUCCGAAGUGCAAGACUCCGAAAAGCAAAUUGCCGCAUUUAUAGAAUUAACUGAACUUGAAUACGAAGAAAAAUGUUUCGAGACAGCACAGUCUGAAUGGGAAUUCAUUAACGAACCUACUAAUCAGACCUUUGCUAAUUGGGCAAGUGCGCAGUAUAAAUAUGGCAUAUUCAAGAAAGAGCAACGGGAUGAAAUUUUGAAUGAGACUAACAAUGUUGAACUUUUGUCGACGUUGUCGUAUAAACGUGAAGCAGCAACCAAGCUAGGAGAUGCGCUGCUGGAAGAAGAAAAUUGGAAACAGUUCAUAACGUUUGCUGGUCAAGCUGAAGUAUUACGGGCAUCGGCGAAGUACACUGAAAAAACGAAGAAGUUAUCACAGCAAGAUGUGGAACGUUUAUUGUCGCAGAGCGGAGAUGUCGAUAAGAAACGCGACGCCUGGGCGUCUUGGCAUCAAGAGUUGGCACCUCUAUUACCAAACUUUCCGCAGCAGAUUCAGUUGAUUCACGAAGCAGCCAAAGCAAAUGGGGAGAAAAACGUUUCGCAUUAUUGGGAACUGUUAUCUGCUUAUCCGAAUGGAUAUGAGAAGCUAGAGUACACAUGGAAUGAAAUUUCUAAUCUUCACAAAAAAAUUCGAAAUUUUGUUCAUACUCGUCUGGUACAAAAAUACAAGAUCGUCAGUGAAAACGAAAGCAUUCCAGCUUAUUUACUUGGUUCCUUGCAAGGCAACGAUUGGAUCGCAAUAGCUGGUGAUGUGAUGCCCAAUUCUAAUUUGACUUUUGAAAUUAGGAAAAAUCUUUGGAAAAAGAACCUCAUGGGACCUUCCUUGUACAAGACAGCUUCAACGUUAGGAAAGAUUACGUUGAAUACGGGGUUAGGUGCUGAAUUUUUUAAAAACAGCCAAUUCGAUAAAAAGUGCCCCGCCAAACUGAUAAAUUUCUGCAAACUUUAUGAAAUGGGUGUUUCUACGUGUUUCGAUGCAUCCUUGAACAACUAUUUGACUGCGCAUAAAAUGGUCGCUAAGGUUGUAGUCAAUCACCUAAUGGCCGAAAGCUCACCCGUGCUAAACAUUGCCAAUCGAUAUUCCGCUUUGGAAGAAGGAAUUGCGGAAUUGUUCGCUAUUCUAUCGGUAAGUCCAGCAAGACUUCGCUCACUGGGUUUGGUAGCCAGUUCCAAUGAUACGGAACAACUGGAAAUAGAAUCUCUAAUGAUCACAGCACUCGAUGUUCUUCCUCGUCUUGCUUAUUACAUGACUGCAGAUUUAUGGAGGAUAAAUGCCCUUCGAAAUGGAAUCAACGAUUCGAAGGAUUUAAUAGCUUCUUGGUGGAAAUACAGAUUGGAAUACGAAGGCGUCCUGGGAAGCGCUGCUUCAGAUAUACCUACUUUCUUGGCUGACAGUUACAUUACAGGAAACAAGCCUUAUCUGUCGAAAUUCGUUGGAACGGUACUCGCGUUUCAGUUUUACGAAUACCUCAUGUCAUCGACCGAAGUUCGUUAUGAUUCAAUAAAAGGUGAUCCUGCUAAUCACAUGUUAGUAAAAAUGUUCCAAGAUGGUGGCGCCGAUGAUUGGACCACAGUCAUAAGCAAGUAUUUAAAAAUAGAAGAGGUUGAAUCCAACUCAUUACUUUCCUACUUCUCGCGUUUGGAGGAUUAUAUUGAUGAGAGGAGAGACAAAGACGAGGAAAAGUACGGAAGUACAGACUUACAAGAAGCUGAGCUUGAACAGCUGGAAGAAUACCAUCGGAUUCAAUUUAGAUCUCCCAGUACAACAACAACAACAACGACGACGACGACGACGACAACAACAGCAGUGCCAUCUGUAAAAGAAUUAAAUUCAAAAUACUCUCAAAGUGACUCCACAGAGUCUAAAAGUUCACCGAGCAAAUCAUUAGAUAUCGCUAAUAAUCCAUCCAAUAUCCAAGCAGACACGUCAGAAGCCAAAGAUACGUCCUCGUCUAUAAAAGUUAAUAAAAAUAAUUCUGAGACGUUAAACGUCAACGAAUUGGAAUCGGAAGCAGACACGAAGAAUAAGCCUAAGAUCAAUACAAGUAAAGCUGUAUGGGCGGUGCUUGCAGUCCUCGUAGCCACUGUGACGAUCUGUUUGAUUGCAAUUUUUGGCAGAAGUCGGUGCCGUGAGACACCAAAGAAUAGACGUUAUGUUUAAUUUUUAUGUGCUAAUCGAACUGGGUGUUUAUUUAUUGUUACUUUGUUUCUCUGCUAAUCGCCACGAUGAGCAAGAAAUGAAGACAAUUACAUGAGACUCAAUUUGAGCCACGCAUCUUAUUGGUUGCUUGCGCCAAAAUGACUGUUCCAGGUUUCCAAUUCAGUGAAUCGUAUUGGAUGCUCGUAUUUAAAUAAGGAUUACACAUUCUCUCGAUCUGCUUUAUCGAAAAGCUCGAAUGCAUUGGGGAAUCUCUGUUACACAUAUAUGAUUUUUCCCAUACCAUUUGUGCGUUAAAGUAGUGGUAGUUGCGCCCUCGUGUGUGCAAAAGAACUUCAAUAAUUGAAUGAAAGUUUAUUAACGGCCUUAUAAAUUAAAUAUAAUUUAAGGAAAGAACAUGAUCAUUACUUUGCUGAGUGAUAUUACAUUUUUUUCUUGUUUUUUUUUCCUGUAUAAAGCAUUUAUGCUUGGAAUUGCGCACAGCACAAACGGAAGUACACGCACAUGAGUAAUUGUUCGUUAGUGGCAUUAUGUACUCUUAUUCACCUCAUGCAAAUUAUUUAUACUUUAUCAUUCGAUGCAAUUUUAUUUGUGCAUUUUGUUCCUAUGCGAGGAGUACAAAAGGGCCAAUAUUUUGAAAAAUAUUUAUAGGUAAAGGAAAGUAAGGGUACUAAAACAUUGCUCACAGAAAGUUACUGAUAAAUAAACGUGAUGAAUUUUGUAAUCUGUUUGGCAGUGUAUUGCUUAAAAUUGCACACGAGAUACAAUAGUGUAGUAUCGUACUUUAUUGUUGGCAGAUGCAACAAAAACGACAAAAAUUACAGAUUGCAUUGAGGAAAAGUGUAUUUUUAUGCGUGUUAAGUAUUUUUGUAAAUAUUAUAAUGAUAAAGAGUGGAAUUGUCAAGUUUAAAGAUAUGUACUUGUUCUAGUACGUCGAAAAUAUUUUGCUAACGUAUUGAAUUAUAAGCCUUUAGCAGCUGUAUUACAUAAACACACGAUCCAUUAGUAUGUAUAAUGUCGCUUUCGAAAGAUUUAUAUUUUUUAUAAGAGUAUUUAUUUUGUACCUGUCAGAAGAGAAAAACAGAAUAAAAAAUAAAAUUGUCUAGAGGUACAAAUGUUAAAAGUUCACAUGAAUGAAAAUUUUGGCCGUUUUCAUUAAAAUUUGUUUCAU